AAGACACCAGCCAAAAAAACACAGAUAGGGUGUAAGAGUGAGAUGGGGGAGGGGUGGCUGGCUACAAAGAUUUUCCACUGUGCUGAAACAGAACACACAAGAGCAGUAGAAGUCAUAUGCUAGGAACACCAGUGACUCAUGAUACCAUGCGGACAGCAGCAGGUGAUGGCUUAGCCGUACACAGAACUGGAACUUAUUCAUUCAGAAAAGGGAGGACUACAAGAGGGAGAGAAUCCGGAGUUUGAAGGGGAUCUAAGCCACUACAGGAUACUGGAGGUGUCUGGGGACAGUGGCUGAUGGGGGUCAAAAGGAUGAAUUGUAAUCCAAACGAGUAUGUUUCCCAAGAAACCAGAUGCUGUGCUCGCUGUCCGGCAGGACAGUAUGUCGGCAGAGAGUGUGACUCAACCAGGGUCACUGAGUGUUUAGACUGUGAAGCAGAGGUUUUCACAGACAAGAAGAACGGCCUGUCUCAAUGUUUAUUAUGUGCAAAAUGCGACAACAAAAACCAGACGGUGGUGAAGGAAUGCCAGGCCCAUGAAAACCGGCAGUGUGGCUGCAACACGGGCUUCUAUUGCCACGAUGCCAGUUGUGAACAAUGUGUACAGAUCACCUCCUGUCCCCCAGGCCAAGGGGUCAGGGUUCAAGCCACGGUGACAAAUGAUACAAUCUGUGGUCCCUGUGACAGUGGGAUGUUCAGCAAUGUGUCAGACCGCACUUCACCUUGUAAAGCACACACCAGUUGUGAAGAACCAGGGAGACCGCUGGAAAUGCCUGGAACCGAUAUUGCUGAUGCUAUCUGUGGUCCCUUCAAAUCUGGGUGUUCCUGGGAGUUACCAGCAGGCCUGUGGUCUGGGCUGGCCUUGAACACUCUCCUCCUGUUUCUUGGACUGAUCUUUUGGCGGACAAGACGCAGAUCACGUAAAACAGUGUUCUCCAGUGUUCCUGCUGAUCCAGGGGUGUCAGGAGGCCGACCGGGAGUCCACCUCCCACCGCAUGCCCCGUCCCCGCAUAUGGACAUCCACUGCCAGGAGAGCUGCGACUGCCCCUCACACAUCACAGUGGACUUUAAGUGCUGCAGCCCUGACCGCGUGGUUGAAAAUGGCCUGCACAAAACGCAACCGGAAUGGACCAGCUUUCCUAAUCCCUUCAAUCAUGAAGACCAACACGGGAACGGGAGGCCGGAUCAGCUGCUAGGAGCCUCGCUCGGCCUCCACUCCGAGCCUCAGGAGGACGAGUGGUGCGGGACGUAGCCAGCAGCAGUCCGCAUGCACUCACUCCAUAGACUCGGUACACAUCUUUAAUAGGUCCAUGGUACACAUGGGGCAGUUGAUGAACACGGACUGAGGCUGAGGAAUCUCUUCCCAGCACUGGGACAAAUCGAAAUUUCUUGAGAAAAUGUUGCAAGAAUGGAAUUUCCGUAGACGGCGGGUGUUCGUUAAAUAUUUCUACCAUGGCAAAGAGCAUGUCCCUCUGCUGCCCUCUAAAGGACGGCCAUCGAAAUGACAAAUCAAUGAGGGCCUUGAAACGGCGACGCAUGAAAGCUUGCUAAUGAUUCCUUCUAUCAUCCAUUAUCAUAGCUCUCAAAUUUUGAACUGAGUUCAGAGUGAGAUUUGGGG